CUGGCGCGGGGGCGGCCGGGGGCAGAGGGGCGGCCCCACCGCGGGAGGCCCCGCCGCCGGCCCUUGGACGCGGGCGCCGCGCCGAGCCCAGCCGAGCCGAGCCGAGCCAUGGCGGCGCCGGGGCAGAACCUGGCCGUGGUAGUGCACCGAGCCGGGGACCUGCGCCUGGAAAACCGUCCGAUCCCAGAACCGGGUCCCAACGAGGUGCUGCUGCAGAUGCAUUCUGUUGGGAUCUGCGGCUCCGACGUUCACUACUGGCAGCACGGCCGCAUCGGGGAUUUUGUGGUGAAGAACCCCAUGGUGCUGGGGCACGAAGCUUCUGGGACCGUCAUCAAAGUGGGAUCGGGAGUGACUCAUCUGAAACCAGGUGACCGAGUGGCCAUCGAGCCCGGCGUCCCGAGAGAAAUGGACGAGUUCUGCAAAACCGGCCGCUACAACCUGUCUCCAACCAUCUUCUUCUGCGCGACGCCUCCCGACGACGGCAACUUGUGCCGCUACUACAAGCACAACGCCAGCUACUGCUACAAGCUUCCAGAUAACGUCACCUUUGAAGAAGGAGCCCUUAUCGAGCCGCUUUCGGUGGGAAUCCAUGCCUGCAAAAGGGCGGGAGUCACUCUGGGAAGCAAAGUCUUCGUGUCUGGCUCCGGACCAAUUGGCCUCGUUAACGUGCUUGUUGCUAAGAUGAUGGGCGCAGCAGCUGUGGUAGUUACAGAUUUAUCCGCCUCUCGCCUGCAAAAAGCCAAGGAGGUGGGGGCGGAUUUCACCAUCCAGGUGACGACCGAGACCCCGCAGGAGGUGGCCUCCAAGGUGGAGGCUCUGCUGGGCUGCAUGCCCGAGAUGACGGUGGAGUGCACCGGGGUGCAGGCCUGCAUCCAGACUGGCAUCUACGCCACCCGUUCUGGUGGGACCUUGGUGCUGGUGGGGCUGGGGCCUGAGAUGGUGACGUUGCCCGUGGUGAACGCGGCCGUGCGGGAAGUCGACAUCCGGGGGAUCUUCCGCUACUGCAACACGUGGCCGGUGGCCAUUGCUCUGCUGGCAUCCAAGCGGAUCAACGUGAAGCCCUUGGUCACCCACCGCUUCCCCCUGGAAAAGGCCCUGGAGGCCUUUGAGACCACCAGGAGGGGUGAGGGGAUCAAAGUCAUGCUGAAGUGUGACCCCACUGACCACAACCCUUGAGCCACCACCGUCCCGGCCCCGUCCCCACCAUGCUGCCUGCGCAGGACGCCGAGCAAGAGGCCACCGGAUGCCGAUGUCUGGCUGUUGCGUGUUUACACCGUCACCUUAUGCAGGCACAGCUUUGUAAUAGAGCUAAAAAAUCAAACCAUAAUAAGGGUGAAUGGCACUGAGGGGUAGAUACAUUGUUAGGGUACUAACAGGUAACUAGAAAUCAGAAGAUUUGAAUCAAAGUGCUGCUGUUUGUUUAGACGAUGGUUCACAUCGUUGGCUCUCCUCUGGCGGACCCAGAAGAGCCUGGUUCUCUCUGCAUCAGGCAGAGCCGCCUGUGUGUCCGUCUGGACGUGCUGCGGGAGGCGUCACCGGGCGUGGGGUGACGGGAGGACGGAGAUGCUGGCACUCCGCCUUCCCACCCAGCUCUGGGGAGCCCAGUGUGAACCCUGCGCUUUCCAGUCGCCCCGUCCCUCGGGGAUGCUCAGGGGCUGCACAGCCCCUAGAACAAAGCCUUGCACGUUCAGGUCGUUCUCUCUGUGCUCUUUGCAAACAGCAGAGUGUGAGCCCAGAGCUUUUUUGGAGGAGACAUCUGGAGGCCAGCUGGGACUGUAUCUGCUCCAUGCGGGGCAGCGAGGAUCUGCAGAGCUUCACUGGGGGGUGUGUGCGGGUAACUGAGGCAGAGAGCCCUGUCCCGUGUGGCUCCCUGUGAGGCUGGGGGCACAGCUCGCUUUUUAGCGUGUGGGGAAGCGCAGGUGAGAAGGUAAGGGACAGCAUCACUCAAAGGUUUUACCACUGCAAACAAAUUACAACUUUGGGGGAAUAUCAGAGCUUCCUGCUGAGUUUGUGAGCCAAGAACCAGGUACUAGUGAAGUAGCAGGUUGCACAUAAUAAAAUCUCAUCUUUAAUUAUGGUUAAUUUUAACACCGGGAGAUCAGUCCCUUUCUUGGGCCGGUACUGAACUUUCCUCAAUAAAUGCUGCCUACCUGC